AUGAAUACCGAUCAAAGAAUUGAAUUAUUACCCUACGAAAAAUACGAAAGAAUUAAAUUGCCAUACGAACUUAAUGAGUUGGAAAAAUUCGAGGAAGAGUCCGCCACUGAAAAACAGUUUCCGACACUGAUAAAAUUAAUGGAAAACUUGGAACAAUUGCCAGAGGAAAUUAAAAAAAAUGUUCGCUUUUUUGGUGGUGGACUAAUUAAUCACAAUUUCUUCUUUGCUCAUCUCACCAAGUUUAAAGUUCAACCCACUGACUACCAAGCGGAGAAAAGAAUUAACCAUGACUUACUAAACCUUAUUCAGGAGAAAUUUGUUAAUCUUGAAACGCUAAAAAGAGAACUAGUAAAAAGUGCUUUACAAGUGCAAGGGAGCGGCUGA